AUGCGAAGCAAAUGGAGAAGAAAACUUUACUUUUUACUCAACCCGAGAAGCGAGUACGAAGACAGUGACGAGGAGGACUCAAUAGAAAACCAGGAUGGAGAACCGGACAAGUCCAGCAACGUUCAAACAUUUUGGAACAUUUUUAACGCGAAUCAAGGAGUUGCUGUACUGACGAUGCCGUUUGUUGUAAAAUGUGGUGGUUGGCUUGCUCUACUUAGCAUUGCAGGGGUGGCAGUUAUUUCAAAUUACACAAAUAAGAUUUUGGUAGGCUGUCUGUACGAUUACAAAAACGGGGAACGGUAUAGAGCGAGGAAUAGCUAUAUGGAUAUUGGGGACGCAUUCGCAGGACGGUACGGCCGAACGUUGGUCCAUUUUGCGCAAAUUUUUGAACAAUUGUCUUACUGUACUUUACUCUUGAUUCUGAGCGGAUCAAUCUUAGAGAAAUCGUUUCCGCACAUGGGUUUACAGCGUAGUGAUUGGACCGCAAUUGCUGCCUUUAUGGUGUUACCCAAUAUACUGCUCAAGUCUAUAACCGAUGUAUCAUGGGUCAGCUUUGUGGCGGUGCUCAUUGGUCAGGUGGUAUACACUAUACUCAUCGGGUUUUGUGUAUGGCAUUUACCAAAGUGGGAAACUGAUGCAGUGCCAGAGUUUGAUAUAUCACAAUACGGAGUGGCGGUGGGGAUUAUCGUAGUGAGUUACGCCUCGCAACCUUACAUGCCAGCGAUUGAAGAUAGCAUGAAAGAGCCAGCGAAAUUCCCCCAAGUGAUAAACCUCGCCUAUCUCGCUAACACGGGCGUGAAAAUGGGUUUCGGGAUAAUUGGUUUUCUCACAUUUCAAGAGCAAACUAAACAAGUUAUAACCAGAAAUAUACCACAUGGCUUCCUACAUUUGCCUAUCAAUGUCCUGGUUUUUGGUUUGGCGCUUUCGUCGUAUACCAUCCCAGUAUAUACGGUGUUUGAUUUGCUCCAGGAUAUUAAUGUGUCAUGGUUUCCGCUCGCCACGUUACUCGAGGGCACGGAUAGGCUGACACGAAUCACGAUGUUAACAGCACGAUCUUUCGUGAUCUCGGUUACCCUUUUAACAGGCGUUAUAAUCCCGCAUUUCGGGCUGUACAUGGCGUUGGUCGGAAACUUCACAGGCAUGUGCCUGGCUUUCAUCUUCCCGGCAAUCUUUCAUAUGAAGAUAUGUUAUGAUAGGUUAGAAUGGCAUCAUUUUGCAGUCGAUACUCUGGUCGCGGUGUUUGGCAUCUUUGGCGCGGCUAUUGGGUGUCAUUUCUCCAUCUUGGCUUUACUAGAGGCAUAUAAAGAUAACUAG